AUGUCCCAUAUACCUGAUAUCCAACGUGCUUGGACGGUGAUUACGAACGGAGUACCCGCAAAGGCACUGGCUCUCCUGUCAGACUGGCCGGUUCCAAAGAAACUGGAGGUGGGUGAAGUUCUUAUCAAGGUUCAAGCAGCGGCUCUCAAUCCAGUAGGCUGGAAGUUGAUGCGUCUCUUGCCUAAUCUGCUGGCGAAUAGACCACACGUAGCGGAACACGAUUUUUCUGGUGUAGUCGUUGAUGCGAACGGAACUAGCUUCGCCAAUGGCGACCAGGUGUUUGGGUGGAUUCCCACAACUUUGCAGCGAAAAACAAAGCAGGGUACUUUGGCGCAAUAUCUCAAGGUACCAGCGGAAUACGUUCUCCUUCGACCCUCAACUGUGACUCCGAUUGAAGCCUCCGGCAUAACACUUGCUGCGAUGACAUCGUAUCAGGCGUUACACACCAUUGCUCAGCUUGAGCCUGAGCAGACCAUACUUAUUAACGGAGGAAGCUCUGCUGUUGGCGCAUUUGCUAUACAAAUUGCGAAAGCUCGUGGUGCCAAAGUUGUUGCAACAGCGUCUGGAAAAAACGAAGACUUUGUGCGAAGGAUGGGUGCAGACGAGUUUAUUGACUAUACUCAAAUUCCCCUUCACCAAUACCUCAAAGAAAAUGCGCCUAAUCCGAAGUAUCAUGUUAUUUACGAUGCAGUUGCCCUCCUCGAUCCGUCUCUCUACACCUUCAGUAAGGCUUACCUAGCGCCAAACGGUGUAUUUAUCACAACAGGCCCUAUGCCUCAUGGCUUCACCAUAUCGGAAAUGUGGAAAUUAUUAAGGACACUCGGCGCCAUGUGCACACCUUGGUGGCUAGGCGGAGUCAAGGCAAAACAUUCGUUGAUUUUGGUCAAAAACAACGUCGAUGAUAUGAAAGCCUUGCAAAGUCUCGUCGCAAAUGGUCAACUCAGACCAAUCGUGGAUUCCGUACAUGAGUUCGAGGACGCCCUUGAAGCAUACGGCCGUAUUCUGACGUCAAGAGCGACUGGCAAAGUCGUAGUGAGGAUUGACCCUAGUGUAAAUUGA